AAUUUUAAAUAAUAAAAACAAUCAGGCAACAUUUAAUAAUACCAACACCGUAUAUGAUACCAUUAAUGAAUUAUUAUCUGUGUUUAUUAUUUGAAAUUUUUAACUGUUGAUAUUAUAUCGGUAAUAGUAAUUGGUAACCAGUGUGUAAUGAUUAUUAACUUACUAAUGUCAGGUCGAUUUUUGUGUACCUUUCAAAAAUGUUAUUUUUCAGUCUAAUGUUCCGAUAUAAAUUCCUAUUGCUCGUAAACUAAAUACAUACAAAUUGAUAUAGAAUGUGUAAAGUAUAUAAGUAUGCAUAAUAAUACAAAUUAUAGAACUCGGAAGGCGCGCCUACGUUAAUAGGAGUAACAGUGUAGGAUGGAUAGCGGAACGUCAAACAUCUUCAAUGCUUGUAUUAUGUCUGAAUAUUGAUAUCACUUAGUUGAACGGAAAAAAAAACCAAUUUGAAAAUGUCAGUUGAAUUCAACAAUCUUAUGGUUAGUGAUAGUGCUAAUAAAUUGGAAGUUGCCGAACUGUCAGAAUUGAUUGAAAAUCGGUUAUAUUUCAUGGUAUUAUCUAAUCAUAAGGGUCCAACAACGCUUCAAACUUUCAAAGAUUGGAAAAGUUCAUUGAAAGACAACAAUAUAUUUUAUUUGAAUGUUGAUGACAAUUUGGUGUAUGAUGGUUUUUAUAGUGAUUUUGGUCCUUUAAAUUUAGCAAUGAUAUAUCGUUAUAUUGGUAUAGUACGAGACAAGUUAAAAGUUUUUAAGAGAGUUGUUCACUGUGCUCAUAUUGGUGAUCAAAAGAAAAGGUCAAAUGCUGCUUUUCUUAUUUGUACAUAUUUGAUAAUUGAAAAUAAUUGGACAGCACACCAAACAUAUAAUAUAUUAUCACAACAAUAUAAAUAUAAAUAUUUACCAUUUAGGGACGCAUCAUGCUUGUUGCAAUCAGAAUAUUCAGUUUCAGUGGAAGAAUGUGUUAAUGCUUUAUAUAAAGCUAAAUGGUAUGGAUUUUUUAAUAUGAGUGACUUUGAUUUGGAUGAAUAUGAAAAAUAUGAAACUGUGAAGUAUGGUGAUAUCAAUUGGAUUGUACCUGCUACCUUAUUGGCAUUUUCAUCACCACAUACUCGAGAUUAUAUUGACAAAUCUGGCUAUCAGAUACAUUCUCCAGCUUACUAUUAUCCGUAUUUUAAAGAAAAUAAUGUCAAGCAUGUAGUUAGAUUAAACAGUAAAAAGACAUAUGAUGCUAAACGCACUUUUGUAGCAGUGGCUAAUAUUCAACACACGGAUUUAGUUUUUACCGAUGGUACACCCCCUUCAGAUUCUAUACUCAAAUACUUUCUACAUCUUUGUGAGCAGUAUAUUGAUGAUAAUUGUGAUGUUGAACUCACAAAUGAAAAAAGUGAAUCAAAUGAAAUCUCGAAUACAAUUAUAAAUAGUGGAGAUGUUAUAGCUAAAUGUGUAGGUGCUGUGGCUGUACACUGCAAAGCUGGAUUGGGAAGAACUGGUUGUUUAGUGGCUUCAUAUAUUGUGAAGCAUUGGUCAUUUACAGCAGUUGAAGCUAUUGCGUGGACUCGUAUAUGUCGACCUGGAUCAGUAAUUGGUGUGCAGCAACAAUGGCUAAUUGAUAAAGAAGAGUAUCUAAUCAUACUGGGUAAACAAUGGCGACAAAGAAGAAAAAAUGCCGUUGACAAAUAUAAACGCUUCAUAAAUGGAAUAUAUAGUGCUAAACGACAUAAUUCCAAUGCUAAUGCAUAUGAGUAUGUAGAUCCGCCUCCUCAUUUAAACAUUAGUAAUGAAAAACAAUUCACCAGCAGUAAUAGUGGUAAUAGUGAAACAUGUGAAGAAUCUGAAGAGUACAAGCAAAGAAGAUUAUCUUCUGUCUUAAAAAGUAAAUUGAAGACAAACAACCAAGCACUUCCUAAUGUUCAAAAUGAUGUAUAUGUACCAAACCUAAGACAAAAAAGAUCUGCCUCAAAAAUCGAGGACCCUAAGCCUAAAAGUACAUUUUCAGCAUUAAAAAGUAUUCGUAGAGUUACAAAUGCAUCUAUUGGAAUAAGUAUGAACAGUCUGGUGAAAAAAAAUAAUACUACAUCAACAAUUACUAUCACAAGAAGUAAUUUAAAGGCUUCUUUAGUUGGGAAAAAAAAUACAAAACCAAUAACUGUAUGUAAAUCUAGCACCAAAUCAACAAGAACUCAUACAUCAGAAACUGACACAAAAAUAACUGACGAAACAAAACCAUCAUAUGCAUUAGCUACUGUGGCAUCAUCUGCACGUGUAUCAAGGCGUCUUCGUAAUCAGAACUGCAUUACUAAAUAAAAUUAUGAAUAUAUUCAUAAUUCUGAGUUAUAAAAUUAAUGAAGAAUGAUAAUCCUUUUAUAGAUUGAAGCAUUACAUACAUACAUACAUACAUACAUACAUACAUACAUACAUACAUACAUUAGAGACUUAGUUCUUUAGAACAAUUAAAAUGAUCGGAUAGAUUUUUAAAGGCUUAGUCUUGAAAAUGUUUGGAAAUUUCAUCUUGAGUUUGAUAUUGAUUAAUAGUUUAUUAAUCUUAUUCAAAUUAGAUAUAAAUGAAUUUUAUUUUCCGUAGUAUUAUUUUAAUACUAAAUACUGGACAUAAAUUAAGUUUGUAUUUUUUUAUUGACUGAUAGAAAUUUAUUGUUAAUUUAUUUUAUUUUUUUUUAUUCAUUAUCUGUUUUUUUACAAUAAUUGUAUAUGGAAACAUGUAAAUGCAUCAUUUUUAAAGGGUAUCAUCUCUUUUUUUCCCAUUUUAUGAGGUCAAGGCUUAUGUAUGGAUGAGUAAUAAAUUAUUGUUAAUAUGUUUAGAUUUUCAUUUAGGUGAAAUUCUUAAAUUUACGUAUUGUUUCAGAGAAUUUAUACAUAUUAUUUAGGUGGGAUUACAUUUUUUAAUUGGCUGAAUUUUAUAUGGAUAGCCAAUAUGUCUAAUACAUUUUCCAGUUUUAGAGAAUUAGGAUUCUCUGUUAGUUUUAACUAGCAUGGUCAAAAAAUGUUUCAACAUAAUUUUAUUUGUACAGUUGACUCUUGAUAAUUCGAAGUAAAUGUUUGUUCACUGGAAAAUCUUGCAAUAAUUCAAAUAUAAACAAUUAAUUUAAGUAAAUUCGGUAAUUCAAAAUUAAAUUUUGGGAAACUGUCUUCUAACACGUGAAAAUUCGAGGUUUCAUCCUUACAACGCUUGGUAAUUUAAAGUAUAUUCACUAAAUGUAUUUCUUAUAAUGUUAACUACAUUCUUUACUAUACAUUUUAAAAACAUUUUUCAUUUUAAAAACGUAUCGACUGUAUUGAUAUAAUAUGCUAUUAUUUAUUUAAAACAAACUGCAAAAAAUUAAAAUAUUGUAAAAAGCUAAUGUUCAAACAUAGAUCAUGUUCUUAACUUUAAGUUUUAUAAUAUUAUGUAAAAUGUUUGGUCAAUUUACUCUAAUAUUAAACUAACAACACAAAAUUGGUUUUAUUAAAUUAAAAUUUACUAUGAUGCAAAUGGGUUAAGAGCGAAAAAAUAGGGUUGAUAUUCUUUUCAAUAAGAAAGAAGUAUUUUUAUUUUUUACCAAAUGAUAAAAGUAUACUUUCUUUGCUUUGGUAAAUUUUGGGUCAUUCAUCUAAAUGAAUUAUGGCCCUGUACUUUUUAAUAAUAUAUUCUAAAUAAAUCUAUGUAUAUGAAAUAGAUAUGACAAAAAUGUAUGUAAUACUCAUGGUUUUAUUGUAAAAAUCAAAUAACUUAAAAUUAUGAAUAAGCCAAUUUUAUAUUUGUCGGAGCACCAAUAUUUACAUUUUUGAAAUUGAACCAUUAGGAACAAGUACCUAAUUUUACUGUGCUUGAUAAUUAAAUUAAUAAUUGUUAGGUUUACAGAGGCCUUUAUAAAAUACUAUGUCUGAACUUAAUGUUUGGUGUUAAAUGGCAAUAUUUUAUAAUGAUUGAAAUAUCAGACCAUUUAUGUGGACACAUGCCAAUUUAUCAGUAUACAAUUAGUUAGAAUAAACUUUUUACUAAUACAAUAUAAUAAAUAGUUUAAUCAAACAAUUUUAUAUAAUUUAAAUACAUCUAAAUCAGAAGGUUUUCUUAGUGGUCAGAUAGUGUUUUAAAUUGUUAUACCUAGCUUCAUACAAUGAAUAGUACCAAUCAAACAUUUAUUUUGGAUUUAAUAUUUAACUGAGCAUUUUUUCUAUUGUAUUAUUAGCUAAUCAUUGUUAUUUUAUUUUAGAUUCUAGGCAAAGUUUAUAGUUUAGCUAUAUAUUUUGUAGCAGAUCUUAGGUUAUCUGAAUGUUACUCAAGAUCAUUUGAAAUUAAUAAUAAUUAAAGAAAUACAAUUGAAAUGUAGCAUUGAAUAAUGAUAAUAAUAAUUUGCAUAGAUUUA